AUGGCGAAUUUCUUACGUGUGGCAGCAUGUCACGCAGCCCCAGUCUUUCUCAAUGCACGCCGAACGACCGACAAAGCUAUUUCACUUAUUAAGCAAGCUGCAACCAAUAAGGCCAGGCUUGUGGUCUUUCCGGAGACCUACAUCUCUGCUUUCCCGAUAUGGAGUUCUCUGCGACCGCCUACUGAGAACCAUUCGCUAUUCCAGCGCAUGGUUCAGGAAUCUAUCUAUGCUGAUGGUGUUGAAAUGGAGGCGAUGCGUGAAGCGGCGCGAUCGCAUAACGUCCUAGUCAGCAUUGGCUUCAGCGAAAGAUCCAGACACAGUAACGGCUGCCUAUACAACUCGAACAUCUUCAUUGGAACUGAAGGCGAUGUCUUAGUUCACCAUCGCAAAUUGGUUCCGACUUUCUUCGAGAAGCUUACGUGGAGUAGCGGUGACGGCCAUGGGCUACGUGUGGCUAACACACAAUCCGGACGCAUUGGCACAUUGAUUUGUGGCGAGAACACUAAUGCGCUUGCAAGGUACUCGUUGAUCGCGCAGGCUGAGCAGGUACACAUUUCAACCUGGCCCGCAAUUUGGCCGACAAGAACUUCACAUCACACCGCGCAAACCACCGACGAUAGCAGUGAGCAGUCUAGUGCGGGCGUUGCGCGUGGGAUGAAUUACGACAAUCUAGCCGCAAACAGGACCCGCGCCGCAGCACAUUGCUUUGAAGCGAAGUGUUUCGGUGUAGCAUGCUCUGGCCAUCUCGGUGAAGACGCUAUCGAAACAAUCAUCGAUGGUGCAAGCCAGCCAGAGGUUGUGGCCGAUACUCUACGCGCUAUGCCUCGAGCGGCGACCUUCUUCUUGGAUCCCACUGGCGCACCGUUGCGUAGCUUUACUUACCGGGGUGCGGAGAAAGAGUAUGUACAGGCAUUGCAGGGUCAAGAAGGUAUAUUGUACGCUGAUAUGAACCUGGACGAUUGCAUUGAGGGCAAACAAUAUCAUGAUGUUGUAGGUGGAUAUCAGCGACUAGAUGUGUUUGACCUCAAGGUCGAUCGGUCAAGAAAAGAACCAGUACGCUUCAGUUAA